UAGGACACUGUGCUAUUUCCGCUAACAACGCCAUAGCUGUUAGACUGGUAGCAAAACUCACCGCUGUUCUGGUCAAGAAGGCCAAAUAGCGAAAGCGUCAUGUUGCGACUGCCGACCGUCGGCCGAGCUCUAGCCGGAGCCACCAAGGGCAGCCUGGCUCCAUCCAGUACUGUGCGCACUCCAGUGCGUGCUGCCAGCAACAUGGUGGAAGUGUUUGUGGAUGGAAAACCAGUGGAGGUGGAGCCUGGAACUACUGUCCUGCAGGCCUGUGAGAAGGUGGGAAUCCAGAUCCCCAGGUUCUGUUACCAUGAGCGCCUCUCAGUGGCAGGAAACUGCCGUAUGUGUUUGGUGGAGAUUGAGAAAGCUCCAAAGCCGGUAGCAGCCUGUGCCAUGCCGGUCAUGAAGGGUUGGAACAUCCUCACCAACUCAGAGAAAACACGCAAAGCCAGGGAGGGAGUGAUGGAGUUCCUGCUGGCCAAUCACCCACUGGACUGCCCCAUCUGUGAUCAGGGAGGAGAGUGUGACCUGCAGGAUCAGUCCAUGCAGUUUGGUUCAGAUCGCAGUCGUUUCACAGAAGGGAAGAGAGCAGUGGAGGACAAAAACAUCGGGCCGCUCAUCAAAACCAUCAUGACCCGCUGCAUCCAGUGCACACGCUGUGUCCGUUUUGCCAGUGAGAUCGCCGGUGUUGAAGACCUGGGAACGACAGGAAGAGGAAACAACCUGCAGAUCGGGACAUACGUAGAGAAGAUGUUCAUGUCGGAGAUGUCGGGCAAUGUUAUCGAUGUCUGUCCUGUUGGAGCUCUCACCUCCAAACCCUACGCUUUCACUGCACGACCAUGGGAAACCAGGAAAAUCGAGUCGAUCGACGUGUUGGAUGCUGUGGGCAGCAACAUCGUGGUGAGCACAAGAGGAGGUGAGGUGAUGAGGGUGCUGCCCAGGCUGAAUGAAGACGUCAACGAAGAAUGGAUCUCUGACAAGACCAGGUUCGCUUAUGAUGGUCUGAAGAGACAGAGGUUGACUCAGCCAAUGGUGAAGGAUGAUUCAGGUCAGCUGAUACCUACCACCUGGGAAGACGCUCUCACUCGUGUUGCUGGAGCACUGCAGAGCGUGCAGGGCAGUGAGGUUGCAGCCAUAGCAGGAGGGAUGGCCGAUGCUGAAGCUCUGGUGUCCCUCAAAGACCUCCUCAACAGACUCAACUCAGAAAACCUCUGCACUGAGGAGAUCUUCCCUAUGUCAGGGGCAGGCACUGACCUGCGCUCUAACUACCUGUUGAACUCCCGCAUCGCCGGCAUUGAGGACUGUGACCUGCUGCUGCUCGUGGGAACCAACCCACGCUAUGAGGCCCCGCUGUUCAACGCCCGAAUCCGCAAGAGCUGGCUCCAUAAUGAGCUGCGCGUUGCCAUGGUGGGUCACAAUGUUGACCUGAGCUACGCGUACGACCACCUGGGAGAGGACACUGCAGUCCUGAAGGAGCUGGCUAACGGCACACACCCCUUCUGCCAGGUCCUUUCAGCUGCUAAGCGUCCAGUAGUGGUCGUGGGCAGCAGCGCUCUGCAGAGAGAAGACGGAGCCGCCAUUUUGAGUACCGUCUCCACCAUCGCACAAAACGUCAGAACCAGCAGUGGAGUGGAGGAGGGGUGGAAAGUCCUCAAUGUCCUGCACAGAGUGGCCAGUCAGGUGGCUGCGUUGGAUCUGGGCUACAAGGCCGGAGUGGACGCCAUCAGGAAGAAUCCACCCAAAGUCCUGUUCCUGCUGGGAGCUGAUGCCGGCUGCAUCACCAGAGCCGACCUGCCCAAAGACAGCCUCAUCAUCUAUCAGGGUCACCAUGGUGACGUAGGAGCACCAGUGGCAGACAUCAUCCUACCUGGUGCAGCAUACACAGAGAAAAAUGCCACUUAUGUCAACACUGAAGGCAGGAGCCAACACACCCGGGUGGCUGUCACUGCUCCUGGAAUGGCCAGAGAGGACUGGAAGGUCAUCCGAGCUGUAUCUGAAUUGGCUGGUGUGGCACUGCCCUACGACACUUCGGACGAGAUACGAUCCAGACUGGCUGAGGUUUCUCCAAAUCUGGUCCGUUAUGACGACGUAGAGGAAGCAAACUACUUCAAACAAGCGAACGAACUCGCCAAGGCAGUGAAGCAGGACCUGUUAGCAGCUCCUCUGGUACCACCUCAACUCACUGUAAAGGACUUCUACAUGACAGACUCCAUCAGCAGGGCUUCGCAGACGAUGGCCAAAUGUGUCAAAGCCGUCACAGAAGGAGCCGCUGCCGUCGACGAGCCAUCGGUUUGCUGAACACC